AUAGAUCCCGGAUGCCGGAAGUGAAUGGUCUGUUUGCUGGCACACAUACCUGUAUGUUGUAUCACUUUGUUAUGUUUUAUGUUAUUACUUUUGUACGUCGUGUAACUACUAUGGGACUGAGGUCAAACGGCACGGUGCUGAGAAAUAAAAAGAAAAGAGUUGAAAACGCCCUAGGACUUCGGGUUUGACCUCAAGUGGGUGCAGUUUAUCGCACCAUGUUGGUGACCGCAUAUCUUGCCGUCAUUUUGCUGCUUGCCCUGUGUGUUGGCCUGGAGCUCACAGCACGCCGCCUCACCCCACCUCAGUCUACUCCUACUGCUGUAGCCAACCCAGCUUUCCGUCGCUUCCAGAGUAUAUUCCUCCGAGCAUACCUUUUGGCUUUGUGGGCAGACUGGCUCCAGGGUCCUUACCUCUACAAACUGUAUCGCCACUACAGCUUCCUGGAAUCCCAAAUAGCCAUCUUAUAUGUGUGUGGUCUGGCCUCCUGUGUUCUGUUUGCUCCUUUUUCAAGCUGGCUGCCUCAAGCCUUGGGCCGCAGACGGACAUGUCUUGUCUUCUGCUUGUCCUACUCUGCUUGUUGUCUCACCAAGCUGUCCAGAGACUACUUUGUUUUGAUUGUGGGCCGUAUCCUGGGGGGUCUGUCCACAUCCCUACUCACCACUGCAUUUGAAGCCUGGUAUGUGCACCGUCAUGUAGACGUCCAUGAUUUUCCCAAGGAGUGGAUCCCCAGCACCUUCACAAAAGCUGCCACCUGGAACCAUGGUCUCGCUGUGGGAGCAGGGCUGGUGGCUAACUUGCUUGCAGAGUGGCUCCACCUGGGACCGGUGGCUCCCUUUCUCCUGGCGGUCCCCAGCCUGGUGUGCUGUGGCUGGGUGGUGCUAACAGACUGGGGCAAGGAAGAGGCAGAAGAAGGCCCUGAAGGGGACAAACAAACACGGCUUCUUGGCGCUCCAAAUGGAGGUGUGAACCAUUUGUCUGCGAGGGCCCGGUUCUCACGCAGCUGCCAUGAUGGGUUGCGCUGCCUGCUGUCUGACAGGAGAGUCAUGCUCUUGGGUGGAGUGCAGGCUCUGUUUGAAAGUGUCCUGUACAUUUUUGUUUUCCUGUGGACCCCGGUACUAGACCCUCAUGGGCCUCCUCUGGGAAUAGUGUUCUCUUGCCUGAUGGCUGCCAGCAUGGUCGGCUCCUUGCUGUACCGCCUCGCCACCUCCACGCGCUACCGUCUACAGCCUGGCCAUGUUCUCUGCGUGGCUGUGCUGAUGGCCUUCUUCUCCUUCUUCAUGCUGACCUUCUCCACUGCCCCAGGCCAGCCUAGACCUCAUGAAUCCUUUCUGGCCUUCCUGCUGCUGGAGCUGGCCUGUGGCCUUUACUUCCCUGCAGUCAGCUUUCUCCAGGGCAGGGUCAUCCCAGAGGAGAAGCGGGCUGGUGUACUGGCCUGGUUCCGCCUGCCUCUGCACCUGCUGGCCUGCCUAGGGCUGCUGGCGCUCCAUGGAGAGAUAUCAGGAACAGGUGCAGGAGAGGAUGGCAGCGGCACCAGACACAUGUUUGGAGGCUGUGCAGUCAUGAUGCUUGCAGCUUUGAUGGCUGUAAUCAGUCUGUUCACCCUGGGCAGAAACGACACAGACCUGAGACUGGAGGGAACCAGAGGGGAGGGCGAGAUGGACUGAGGAGAUGGACCAUAUGUCCAUUUCUGCUGGACUGGUUUCAAAUGUAUUGUGCCAGUUUUGUGUGUCUGAAGCCACGUGUACAUACAUCUAAAUUUUGCAAAAUGCUUCAGGGAAGGAAAUAAAAGGGGGUGUUUUUUAGUAGAUUAAAAUUCAAUUUAAUUUCCAUUUUUACAUGUUUUCCUCUUAUCAUCUUUGUUGUUUUUUGGAGAUAAUUUUACUAAUCCUAUCUGUCUGGAUACUUUGGAAACAUGGCCAUUUACAUUUGUCAAGUAAAUUGCUGGAAGCUUUGUCAGUCAUGUCCAAAACUCCAGUGUCAUUCCUACUAACUAUUCCAGUUCACACGCUGUUGCCUCAUUAUGUCCACUUAUAGAGAGAUGUAGGGGGGAUAAUGCAUUUCACUGGUCAGUAUCUCCAUGAAGAUCAGUGACGUAGUAAUUCCAUCAUGUGUUUUUAAAGCAGACAUGAAAAGGUUUACAAGAAAUAAGAGCAUGACUAGCAUAUAGACAAGUUUCUGAAUGUCAGUUCUUAGAAUACUUCUUCCACGAUACUUUGUUUUAUCUUGUUUCUUCCAGCACAGUAUGUUUUUAUUUAAAAAGAGUGAUCUACAGCAGGUCAGUUUUACUUUGAAUGCUUUUUGUGCACCGUCUACAGGAUAUUGUUUUAUCUCAACAUUACUGUUACACUUUUAAAUAAAAGUAUAAAUUUAAUUCA